CUUCUCACCCACGCACCACACGGUUAUCAUGCUGGAGAAGGGCAAACAAUACAAAGACGCGAAAGCCUUGAAGGUACAUGUGGCGGCCCUGUUCGCGGGAGCUGGCCGUAGCUUUCAUUCCGGUAACGGAGGCGGCAGACAAAAGAAGCAUAUCUGCAAUGGCGCCAAAGGAAGAUGUCUGGCUGAAGUGCGCGCCUGCAAGCAGAGGUCGGGAGAGUUCAAGGUGACGUUCAUCAUCCCGGACCACAAUGACUGCUCUGGCGGCAAGGUCGGAGCGAGAUCGGCUGCGCUCGAGGGUUUCGCCAGUGCUGCCAUGGUCAGCAACCCGACCGUGAAGGGCACGGACCUGAAAAGGAGCCUAGAGCAGCAGACCGGGCUCAAAGUCAGCUACAGCGCGGCGUCACGCCUGAAGGUCGCGGCUACAAGGGCGUCGAAGGAGCAACUGGAGCACGGGUACCGCAUCAUGACCUCUUACUGCAAGGAACUGGUGAAGGACUGCCCGGGAUCGAUUGCGGUGGUGCAGGUUCCGUAGUCUUUUCUUCAUGCUCGGGCGUGCUGCGUACGCUGCGGUGCGAAGCCCGAUCAAGGUGUGUGUCACGCAAAGUUGGGACUGGCCCGUUCCAUUUUUAAUCGGAACACACGAUGUGCACGGCGCAUGUUGUAACCCAUUGGAGUAUUUAGUUGUAACACCACGUAGACGACGUUGAAUGCAGUCUACCCCUGUGUCGAGUGUGUCACUUGCGCGCCCGGAGAUGUGUUCACGAGGAUGUGGGCAACCGUCUGGGGUUUACAUGGUGGACGAGUGCACUGCCCCCCCAUGACUCCUCUUGUACCUAGUUUAGGGGAGGGGGAGGUGAACUCAUGUAAACGCAUGCCGUAGUCGUUAGACCUUUGUCCUCGCAUUCGUAGAAUGCCGGACGGAGCACGCCGGGUUCUCACCGACCGGACCAGGCUCUCACAUGACCAAGCGCGAAGCGCCGUGAGGUAUUCGGCGAGUCGCAUGCAGGAUGCGGAUGCGAUGCAUCCUGCUAAGGGUGUCCGGCAUCGUGGGCUUGCUUCCUUGCAGCAUAUGGAUGACAGCUGGAAAUGACUCGAUAAUUUAUUUUCUGGUGUAUUCACUUGCUCUUUUCACUUCCAGAGACAGUUGGAGCACUGCGUAAACUGCCUCGAAGGUGCUCACCCAAUUUAACACAACGUUGGUGUGAUCAUCCCGUUUGCNCUGCUAAGGGUGUCCGGCAUCGUGCGCUUGCUUCCUUGCAGCAUAUGGAAGACAGCUGGAAAUGACUCGAUAAUUUAUUUUCCGGUGUAUUCACUUGCUCUUUUCACUUCCAGAGACAGUUGGAGCACUGCGUAGACUGCCUCGAAGGUGCUCACCCAAUUUAACUCAACGUUGGUGUGAUCAUCCCGUUUGCGCGGAGUGAGGGUUCUGUUCAGUGACACAAAAAAAACGAAGGCAAAAACAAAAAAGCGGUUACCUGCUUGUCGACCCCAACGAUGCGAUCGGCUUGUUUCACAAUGCGUUGCCAAGCGACGAAAACCCGACCCCGGGUAGGGAGGUAUAGUAAAGAGAUGAAAACGAUAAAGGGAUCGACCCCCACCAUCUUUGUUGCCCUGCUAUUUGCGUGGUGCCCGCUUUCCACUCCCAACAACAUUGCCGGCCUCGAUGGAGAUCGGCGUCUUGUUGGUGGCAUCUAUGUCUCGAAGACCUGAGUUGUUUUCCUUCCGCGCCGGGUGAGACCGGUCGAUGCCCCCACGCCAACGCUCAAGCUUUUUGUACAUCCCUUUUUGCCUGUGCAAACAUGUUGCCAUUC